AUGGGUGCAGAGCGGAAGCAGCUGUGCGCAGCAAAGAAGGCGUCCGCCGAUGAAGAACAAGGAUCCGGUGGCCUCUACGGCGCUGUGAACAAAGCCGUGGAAGAUCCGGGGAAAUGGUUAAAGGGUGUGGCCAGGUGGCUGGAAACCUCCGAAGACACAGAUCCGGUCCGGGUCUUCACGCUUUGCUGCGACGACUUCCGGCCAAGGCGAUUGAAGGCUCCGGUGGUUCUCGCGUGGCUAACAGUGCAGCUGCUGGGUUUAAUUUUCCAGGUGAUUCUCUGGUUGGAGGUGGGGCGCAACCUCGAGGCCUUCGAAGAUACCUUGGCCCAGAACUGUGCCCCUUCGCUUCAGCAGCAUGGCAUCUGCCUUGGGCCCGCCUGGAAUCUGAGCUAUUCUGGGACCUUGAGCUUUCCGCCAGGCGAGAGCCAGACGGUUGGAGAUGCGGCCUCAGCCCAGGGGGCAAAGGCCAUGGAAGUUCAAGUUGAGGCAAUGCCAGGAUGGGAGGUGCCCAAGGGCUGUCUCGUUGGGGUACGUCUUGGGGAAGCUCUGAAGCAGCGCCGGUUAGAUGGCAGAUCUGCGAGCAACUAUGUCUUCCCCAAGCAGGAUGCCAAAAGGAGAGCAAGGAUCGACGUCUAUCGGCAUGUGGGAUCUUGCUCAGUGGAGGUCGACCCCAGCAGCAUAAACGCAAAUGAGGUGAACAUACCAUGUUCUGAUCCGUCGUUGCAGUCGAUACGGCUGAAAAUCACUUCGCAAGCUGCGGGCUCUUCCUCCGAGGAGCAGAGGCAGCGGCAGCAAGAGCAAGAGAGCAAGGAGUCUGCCUUGAACUACUUGGCGGCCCAUGACAUCGAGCAAACGCUUGCAGAAUCUGUUCGCCAAAUGCUGAAGACACGGCCAGAGGAUCCCAUUGGCUUCCUAUGUGGCCAUCUCCAGUCCUCCAGCUCCAAGCCGAAGGCUCAGGAAUGGACGGAGGUGGCCUCCUGGAGCGCGGCCUUACCGUCUGCAGCCGCCACCGAGGUGGAGCGAAAACUUGGCAAGGAACUGAUCCAGCUGCAGGGCAACCUCGCAGGACAGUACCUCCCGCUGCCUUCUUCUAGGAGUUGGCCACUCAUGCCUGAAGGCAUGCCAGCUGCCUGGAGUGAGAAGCUGCGCAAGGAGGGACUGCUGUUCGAGGCUUCAGAGCCGAGCGGCCGUGGCAUCUUCGUUUCGCACGGUCAGGAGCGAAUCGAUGAAGUGAUCGUGCCGCCACGGAGUCUCCAGGUACAAAACUGGCCCAGUAUCAGCACUCGUACUAUUACCAGUACUCCUAGUACGAGCACAACAACAACAACUACUACUACUAUUACUCCUACUACCCUGCAGUGCUGUCGACGACGUGCCAGGUAG